AGACGGAGAAGAAAAGAGGCUGCCGUGGGUGCCACUGAGGCCCCUUGAGGGCCGGAACCGGCAGGCAGGGCCACUCCAGACCACCAGCCCCGAGCUUGUGGGGUCCCUGCCAGCCUCACCCUGGACUGACUGCCCACAGCACAGCGUGCCCAGAGGGAGGAGGCCAGCCCCGCCCCAGUGUGGGAACCUGGGGCGGUGUCCUUCUCCUUGGUGAUCUGCCUGGGGUCCCCUCCGGCAAGCUGUCCCGGGCAGGAGUGGCUGAUGGCGCUGCACAGGCCUGUGGAGAAACCCUGGCUCUGCUUGUUUCCGUGUUUCUUGGUUUUCCUCCUCAAGGGAAGGCGAACCUCCUGAACUGCUCCACUUCGAAACUGCUGGGCAAGAAAAAGAUUUUCAGCAAAUCCUCCCAGCCCACCAACCCUGUGCAAGGCCUGGGCUGGCCAACUCAAACGACUUGGAACGCAGCCAGCAGGGAACCUGGCACCCACCCUUCCACCUCAGUGUCCUUGUGGAGUCUGACAGCCUCAGGAAGCCCCCGGCCAGCCCCUCAAAGAGCUCAGAGAACUCACCUCUGAGGAUGGAGCCAGGAGGGGGGUCCUCAAUACCCCCGGCCCCCAUUGCCACCCGGGGGGAGCCAGACGCUGGGCCUAGCAGCUCCUCCCUGGAGCAUCCAAGCACAGACCCAGGGAAGCUCCGAGCGCUCCCUGUUGGGCCUGGAGCCCACUGCGGGGACCCUGCCUCCGGGAGCCCUGGCAGCCAGGCCUCUGCGGGGGACAUGGGCUCUGUGGGUGAGCCCAGCAGCGGCACUAAGAUCCCUAACCGGGACAGCGGGAUAGACAGCCCUUCCUGCAGCGUGGUUGGCGAGCACUUCUCCUGCGAGGACGGCAGCGAGGCGGGCCCAGGCCCCACCAUCAAAGGCCUGCACCUGGAGACAGCCCCAGGUGGCAAGGCCCCACAGGAGGAGGCCGAUAGCGAUAUGGGCGAGGGCAGCAGUGAGGAGCCAGACCCCGAGAAUAGCCCCUUGAGGGCUGACGCGGAUCCAGCCAAGUGCUCUGAGCCCCAGAAGCUGCUCCACAUUGCCCAGGAGCUGCUGCACACUGAGGAGACCUAUGUGAAGCGUCUGCACCUGCUAGACCAGGUUUUCUGCACCCGACUGAUGGAAGCAGGAAUCCCUUCGGAAGUCACCACAGGCAUCUUCUCUAACAUCUCCUCCAUCUAUUGCUUCCAUGGGCAGUUCCUCCUGCCUGAGCUGAAGACACGGAUCAUGAAUGAGUGGGACACAAACCCCCGGCUUGGAGACAUCCUGCAGAAGCUGGCCCCAUUCCUCAAGAUGUAUGGUGAAUAUGUCAAGAACUUUGACCGGGCCGUGGAGCUGGUGAGCACCUGGACCCAGCGCUCACUGGUAUUUAAGGACAUUGUCCAAGGCAUCCAGAAGCAGGAGAUGUGCGGAAACCUGACGCUGCAGCACCAUAUGCUGGAGCCCGUGCAGAGGGUCCCCCGUUAUGAGCUGCUGCUCAAGGACUAUCUGAAGAGGCUCCCAGAGGAUGCCCCAGACUGGAAGGAUGCAGAGAGGUCCUUGGAGCUCAUCUCCACAGCUGCCAACCACUCCAACGCUGCCAUUCGGAAAAUGGAGAAAAUGCACAAGCUCUUGGAGGUGUACGAGAGACUGGGUGGGGAGGAGGACAUCGUCAACCCUGCAAACGAGCUGAUCAAGGAGGGCCACAUCCAGAAGCUAUCAGCCAAGAAUGGCACGACCCAGGACCGCCACCUCUUCCUGUUCAACAGCAUGAUCCUUUACUGUGUGCCCAAACUGCGGCUCAUGGGCCAGAAGUUCAGUGUCCGGGAGAAGAUGGACAUUUCCGGCCUCCAGGUGCAGGAUGUCGUCAAGUCAAAUGCAGCCCCCACAUUCAUCAUAACUGGAAAGAAAAGGUCCCUGGAGCUACAAACUCGGACAGAAGAGGAAAAGAAAGAAUGGAUUCAGGUCAUUGAGGCCACCAUUGAGAAGCACAAGCAGAACAGCCAGACUUUCAAGGCCUUCAGUGGCUCCUUCGGCCAGGAUGAGGAUUCCUCCCUCACUCCAGACCCGCCUAUGGUGAGCGCCAACUCAGAGGUGCCUGCAGUGGUAGCCACUGGUGGAGCGGGUGCUGCAGGGCUUGAGCCCAGGAGAGGGUCCUCUAAGACCAGACGUGACAAGGAGAAGCAGGGCUGCAGCAGCUGCGGCGAGACCUUCAACUCCAUCACCAAAAGGAAGCACCACUGCAAGUUGUGCGGGGCGGUCAUCUGUGGGAAGUGCUCCGAGUUCAAGGCCGAGAACGGCAGGCAGAGCCGUGUCUGCCGAGAGUGUUUCCUGACCCAGCCGGUGGCCCCCUCGAGCCCCAGCCUCGAGGACCCCUUGGAGCCCAAGCAGAACACAGAGAAGCCAGCCACUGUGGACCCCCUGCCCAGCCUGCUCUGUGGCCCCCUGCAGGUGUCGGAUGGCGGCACAGCCUGGAGCAAGGUGUGGGCUGCCAUCUCUGAGUCGGACUCCCUGGAGUUGGUGCUGCACCUUCGAGGAGGCAGCCAGGAUGGCCAGCUGCUGCAUGCCAUCCCCCUCUCUGGCUGGAGGGUGAGUGUGCCAGACCCUGCAGAGAGGCUGGAUGCUGGACACGUGUGGCAGCUGCAGCAGGCCCAGCAGUCUUUGUACCUGAGUGCCCCGUCCGCCGAGCUGCAGCAGCAGUGGUUGGAGGCCCUGAGCUCAGCAGCCCACGGGCACCCGGCCCAGGCCAGCCCGGGGGCCCAGCAGCCCCAGGCCCCAGCUGCCCCAUGAGCUGAGUCUCUGCCGCGUCUCCUAGCUGUACAGCCACCACGGCAGGGCCUGUACUCAUCUGAGAGGUGGCAUCAAGGCCACAUGCAGGCAUGAAGGGAGCCUGGACUGCUGAGGGACCAACAGGCCACAUAGCACUUGGCCCUGGAGGGUUCCUCCACAUCAGAGAGGAGAAAAAUGAGGCCCAAACAGGGGCAGCCAAUUGCCCAGGGUCACCCAGCACGUCCCUCAAAGACCCGGGCCUCUGCCCUCAGGCCCAGCAGUGUGGCCCAGAGUGGGGCGUGGGGUGACUGUCAAGAAAACUCCAUCUGAGUGGGCAGUGAGGGGUCAUCUGCGCCGGAAGACAGAAGGAGCUCAUGGGUGGUGCCCAGGGACACCUGGUGGAUGUCUGCAGUCAUGCCACCCCUCCUGACAGUUGCCCACCCAUCUAUACCAUCUACAUCCAUGUGAGCUGAACCAUACUGGCCCCCUGGACUCCACCUCUCUCCUCUUUCCUCUCCCGGGGACUGGGCACACCCUGUGCCACCUCGUAGCUCGCCACCCCAUUUGGAGAUGCCCAAGGGGGCGAGUGGUGGGUUCCUGAAUAACCAUGCUGCGAAACUACAGGGGGACCACACAGGCAUCGUUGGGGGGGGGGGCUGAGAUUUGUGCCUGCCUUCCCUGGUGGGUGGUGGACAGUGCUUAUCUACAUAAAUAAAUGCUGGCAGCCAACAGGUGGACACAGCCUUGGGGCAGGGCCUCCCCACAGUGGGCCUGCUGGUGGUUGGAUGGAGAAUGAGGGUAACAGAUGGGCACAGCCCGUAAUGAGGCCCUGGACCCCAAUCCAGGCCUGCAGGGUGCAAGUAACACCCCUGUGGUUGCCCCAGGAUGCAGCGGCAUUAGACAGCAGGGCCUCAGACAAGGUGCCUGGAGACCUGCUCUGUGUCCCUGGUCAUGCGAGUGAGGUAGAUAGGGCCAUUUGCCCCUGUAGCAAGUGGAGCCAGACUUAGAUAUGGGAUCGUGGGGGUGCUGGCUACUCACAAAGAUGUCAGGGAGGUCUUUUUGCACCAGAGCCCCGAGGCCCUUGAGGGAGAGCAGAGGGACUUAGGGACUGAUGACUGAGUGGUGUCCAGUCCCUUGGGACCCCCAUCCCUCUAAGAUCCGCAAGGCACCCUGCAGGGAUGCCUAUCACUGCCCAGCCAUGGGCAGACUUGCAGGGCACAUACCUGUGGGCUGAGAGGGCCAUUGUGGGAGCCAGAAAUGGACGACUGGUUAUGGGUGAGGCGGGGGUGGGGCCCAGGCAAGGAGUGACAGGGCACAGGUGAGUUGGGAGUGGGACCCAGGUGAAGUGGGCAGGGCCCAGGUGAGGUGGUCAGGGUCCAGGUGAGGUAGGACAGGACACAGCUAAAGUAGAGACCCAGGUGAGGUGGGCAGGGCGCAGGUGAGCUUAGGCAUGAGUCAGCGCCAUCCCCCACAUGCCCACCCUGCUAUGCCUGGAUGCUGCUGCAGCUGUACACCUGCUGCAUACCUGGGCGUCAGUCCUGCAUCUGUGAGAGCUCACUACCCUGCAGUGGGUGUUCUGAAGCUGCUUGAUACCAGCAACUUGCCCACUGGGAAGGGGAGGUCAGGCCCUUCCAACUGUGCUCUUCCUCAAGGAAAUACAGCAAAGUCCCUGCCCAUGGAGCCAAGGCAGGGACAGCAGGCGUCAGAGGCAUUGAAGGGACCUGGAGCCCAGCUGGCCUCUUCCUGCUGGUCCUGCCCCUCCUCCCUUGGAGCUCUGCUCUCUCUGCCUCAUGCACUGACUGAGCGGACCUAUUGGGGCUCCUUCUCAGGGUCAACUCUGUAAUACUCCAGUCUCACCUCAACCCCAGGAUGUUCCCACCUGACAGUUGAGGAAACAGUCACAGAAAGGAUGCCUCCAAGAGUCCCACAGUUCCAGACCAAGUGGGCAGCCGGAAUUGACCUGCUGGACAUGGUGCCACUCUGCUGGGGUCUGAGGGGGCAAGACUGGACCCCCCAUCCAGGGUCCUCACCCGCGGCCCCCACUGUGGGUUCCUGCCCAGGGUCCCCGUGGCCGGUUCCCAGUGAGCUCUCUGUGCCCCAGGGCAGACCUGAGCCCUAUCCUCUCCCACCCAACAGCCUGCGGUGCCUGGCACACAAGCUUCCACAGUAAUUUCAGGAGGGUCCUGUCCUCAGUCAGCACAUCGGAAGGCUGGCGAGGUGGGCAUUCUGUCCCUAGCAGCUCAGGGUACACCAGGACAUUAUAUUCCAUCACGGUCCAUAUGUUCUGGGGCCAGCUACAAGGGUGAAAGCAGGAGGCUUCCCAAAGGCUGUGGCUGCAGCAGGACCAGGAAAAAUGUCCUCGCUGUCCAUUUUGGACAGUGCUGGGCCCUGAGAACACAGAGGAAAGGAAAUCCCUCUCUUUGGAGUGGCUAUUCCCAUUGAGACAUUGAGAAGAAGAUGUGCAGCCACAGGGGAGGAACAGAAGCAGGGAAGGAGAGUGGGCAUGGCAGGGGGUGUGGCAGGAGGUCCCUAGGAGCCCCGCUCCCAACCAGGACACCCUGGGGGAGGGGUUGCAGGAAGGGUGCCUAAGUUUAGUGCAGGGCCACCAAGGCCUGGAGGAGCCAGUGACACACAGCGAGGAGCAGAGGGGGCCUGGGGGAGACAAGGCCUGGUCAUGGGGUCUCCACGGGGUCUCCUUUGGUGAUGCUCCAGGAGGCAAGAGCCACGGGGCAGGCUUGGGGGUCUUAACAGAUCCAGUUGGCUGCAAAGGGGGCAACCAGGGCAGAGCUGGAGACAGGGCCUGGUGUCUCCAGCAAGUCUCAACACAGACCCCCAUGACGGGCAUGCUGGAGGCCAGCAGUCAUGGUGAUAUAGGGGAGCCUCUGCCAGCUGUCCCCACGCAGGCAUGGACCUGUGCGGCCAGAGCUUCCAGCUUUU